AAUCAGAGCCUGUAACUGGCCUGUAGUGUCUUAGCUUCUCUCUGUGUUUCUCCAAUUUGUGUCUCAAAUUCUCCAUUCCCCCCUUCCCCAAAACCCCCCCAACCCCAAACACAAAUUUUUGGCCAUGAAGAGCCCAAGAAUGAGUCUUAUCUUUUCUUUGUUUGUUGUCUUCCUCCUAGUCUUACAGGCUUUUGCUGAAGCUUCAGUUGAUAAUAAUGGAGUGGAUUCUCUGACUAGUAUGGAGGAAGGAGAUGGAACUGCUCUCUACAAAAAAUAUCACCAUCCCAAGAUCAAUUGCCAUUUUGCAUGUUCAAGGAGAUGCAGGAAAUCAUCGAGGAAAAAUGUGUGUACACGAGCAUGUGGCACGUGCUGCAUGAGAUGCAAAUGUGUCCCACCGGGUACCUUUGGAAAUAAGGGCUUUUGCCCAUGCUAUGCCAGCCUCAGAACCCAUGGACAUAAGCUCAAAUGCCCAUGAAAUGUUUUCUCAUUAAUUAGCUUAUCCUAUUUGAGUACUAAGUGAUUUAUGGGUCCCUUUAUUUAUGUAUGGUAUCUCAUUAAGAAAUCAAGCUUCCAAAUAGUAAUUUGGGCAGAGUUA